AAUUUGGAAACGGGCCCUCGGUAUCGAUUUAGGGUGUACUACAACGAGGUUGAUGAACAUCCGCUUAAAGAUGAGAACAGCCAGUUGAGGGGAGAAAAAAUAAAAUUAGAAGAAUCGUUGGUACAGGAGAAGGCAAAGCGAUUGCGAGUGCAUAAAAAAGCCCGAGAAGCUCUCGAGAAAGCUGAGAAGAAAGGGGCCUUCUACAAUAAAAAAUUUAUUCAGUUGGCCAAAAAAGUGAUUGCAAAUGGAAAAAAAGGUAGAGACCCAGCUAAGAAGAAGUUUAAUGACUAUUCUAAGCACCAUCAAAAGAGAAUUAAAAACCAACAGAAGGAGGAGUGCUAAACUACUCUCUCCUUUCUUGGGCUGUACAAUUUUGUUGCAACCAAAAUAAUAUUGAAGUCCUCAACACUGAGACUAAUCAAUAUGAAACUUUCAAUCUUGUUGGAGAGGGAGAGCUGCCAUUUACAGAGUCUGACCCAAAAGCCCUUAAUAAUGAUGACAUUGAUAACAUAAAUAUGUGGCUCUACCUCAAAGAUAAAUUCAUUAUUUCAAAUGAGGCCUGGCAUGAAAUUGCCAUUAAGGCUAAUGAUCUCCCCAAUAUAUAUUCCAUCAAGAAGCAAAUUAAUGAGCUAAACAAUGAAUGGAACUUGAAACCAACACCAGGAGAUGCUGAAGGUGUUCAGUUAGGAUUUGCAGAAAGCUUGCAAGAGCACAUUGUUAGGCUUCAGAAGAAUGGAGAAAUCAAUGAUGGAGAAACUAUUACGAUCAAGCUUAGUGGUGAUGGUACAAAUAUUGGAAAGGGGCUUACUAUUCUCCAUGAAAAGGAUGUGGCAAUGGGUGUGAAGGGAAAUUAUAUACUUGCUAUUAUAAAAACUACAGAGACAUGAUAAUCUGAGAGACAGCCUAGCAGACCCUCGAAUGGAAAUGUCAAACUUAAAGGAGAUAAGUGCAAAUAAUUGCACCUAUAAAAUUGAAUACUUUUUAGGUGGAGAUUUGAAAUUUUUAGCACUGGUAUGUGGUUUAGGCAGGGCAAAUGAGCAUUAUGCUUGUGUGUGA